AUGAAGCUUAGCUUUCGCCAGCGCUGUAAGGAAUUCAUCCGUAUCCUUCUUUCUCCAACGCUUUGGUUCGACGUCUACUGGCCCGCCUCGUGCAAGUACUGGUUCUCGCUGUUGCUCAUCGGCGUGAUCUGCGCCAAAUUACUCCACAUCUAUUCCCACCUCAACUCCCUCUCUCCCGGCCAAUUCAUUCUUUGGGGUCCGACCUUUUUCCUUCAAGAUGUUGCAUGCAUCCUCAUUGCGCAGACGCUCUCUCAAAAUUUCCAUCGAAGAUGGCUCCGUGUCGUUUCUGCGCCGGUAGUAAUUCUAACCAGUUUGAUGAUCUCUGGUCUAGCCGCCGCCAACAUCUCCUUCUACACCCAAACUGGCGCCGAAAUUCAUUGGCGACAAGCACACGCCUUCCAUCGCGAUGCGGCAUCCGUCAAGACCCUCCUGGCCGGAUUGACUGGUAUUGUCAUCAUGGAAGUUUUAUUCAGCGCCGCAGCAUGGAUCUCGACUCCGUAUCUAUACAAUUGGGUUCGCGCAGUGACCCGAGUUCUGAACGCGGCCGUAGCUCCUGUAUUCGUCUGCUGGAAGCGCAAACCUAGCUCCGACCUAGAAAACUAUGCGCGAGUCGCCAACAAGGACUGGGAUGAAGAGAACAGUGAAUCAGAGGCGAUGCUAGGCCUGGAGGAUCCCAUGGCAGCAUCUCCGCCCUCGUCUUCACGGCCUCUUCCGUCUCUAUUAUUGCGCAUCCUCGUGGCCUCGAUUGCCGUCUUCGUGCUCCUGUUGCGCUGCAUUCGCCCAUCAGAUACCGCGUACACUUUCCUCUCCCAGACUGUGAUUAUUACGCCAUUUGAGAAACCCCCACAGCAUGAGACGACAUACUCGGUUGAUCUCCCGCCAGACUUGCCGGGCGACUACAGCUGGCUGUACAACCAUACCGCUCUCGCAGCGCCUCCUAAUUUCGACUGGUUGCCAGGGGAAAAGAUUGCAGGGUUCAGGGACUGGUAUGAAGAAGGCAAGGAAGGGACAGCAUUGCACUAUGAUCCGGCACACGACCCCUUGAAAAUCUCGAAUCUCGACCGCGAUGUUUUGGAGCCGUGGCGGGAUGCCCUGAAGAGUGGUAGUGUAAACAUUAAGCACGUUUUCCUACUCAAGUUGGAAAGUACCCGGUACGACGUCUUCCCGGUCCGCAAGGACUCCCACGUUGGCGAUAUCAUCCGCGAAUCGUACGGUGGCAGCGUUCCAGACGUUGUAGAUCAGCGUCUCUCCAACCUGUCACGCAAUGCCGAGCGACUGACGGGAGUAUCGGCUGGCUGGGACCACAGCGACGAUUCAUGGCAGCCACGUGGUGGUAUGUACGCCUCGAAUGCUUAUACUGGUGAUACGUUCACUCUCAAGAGUAUUCUCGCCAGUGUCUGUGGAAUUGCACCCUUGGUAGUCGACUUUAAUCGCGAAUACUUGCAUCACAUCUAUGAGCCGUGCAUGCCUCACAUCCUCCAUGCAUUAAACUCCAUGUCUCACGAGAACGACACCAAAAAGGUCAAAGAAGAUGAUUUCAAAACCUGGCCCUGGCAUUCGACUUUUAUGCAGAGUAUUACGGAUAACUAUGACAACCAGGAUCUUCUCCUUCCCGCAAUCGGAUUCAAAGAUAAGAUUACAGACAAGAAGAUCACCAAGGACUGGAAGAAAAAGCCAGGCCAUAAGCCGGAAAAGUUCAAUUUCUGGGGCUAUCCCGAGCAUGAACUGCGGCCUUAUUUUGUCGAUGCUUUGAAGCAUGCAGAGAAGCAUCAUGAGCGUCUCUUCCUUACCCACCUUACGGGACAGACACACUACCCCUGGGAUAUGCCAAAGGGCGACAAGAUUGAGGAGUUCAUGCACCACAACAUCUUCAACGGCAGGAACCGGAUGAACCGCUACUUGAACACUCUGGGAGUUGCAGACAGGUGGCUUGGCGAGGUUCUAGAGGUGAUCGAAGAAGCUGGUGUUGCCAAUGAAACCCUGGUGGUCAUGGUUGGCGAUCACGGCAUCUCACUAAUCGAGGACGGUGGCGUCACCCCCUACGAUAACCCCCAUGUUUCCAACUUCCACGUUCCACUCGUCUUCUCGCAUCCGCAACUCCCCCAAAUCACCAUCGACGGCCGCGUCACAUCCAUGCAAAUCGUACCUACUAUCAUGGACCUCCUCGUGGAAUCAGGCUCUUUGGAUAAGGACGCCACCCAUGCAAUCAAAGACCUUCUCCCCCUCUACGAAGGCCAGUCCAUGAUCCGCGAGCUUGUCCCAGAGAAAGACGGCAAGCUUGACUGGCAAUUCACCGUUAUGAAUACCGGUGCUACCUGGCUUGCUCUGCGGUCUGGCCCCAAGCCGUAUCGUCUGGUCAUUCCCCUCGUGCCUGAUGUCGAGUGGCGGUUCUCCGACGUGGAUAAAGAUCCACUUGAGCUACACACCGUUCAGUCCUUUACUUUGCCUCCGCUUUUGGACGAAGUGGCCAAGGUACACGGCGAAGAUGCCCUGAAUUGGGUGAUUGAAGCCGCUCAUGUUACCCGUUGGUGGGUUAGUGAGAAUUGGCGCCGAUAUGAGUACAAACCAGAGGCAUGA